CUGGCUUGUUCUUCUAAAUUUGUUUCUAGCAUGUACAUUGGACAUUGCUUCCUGAUGGGUGACUGAAUAUGGGACGCAGGCAGAUACGGGUAUAUCAAAGCGUGCCACUGAGAUGAGAUAACUUUGAUUCUUGCCCCGCUCAUGGUACCUACAAGGCGCGCCCUUACGGACGGGGUCAGUAGGGUCAGUAUGUCAACCUCUAGCCACUAGGGCGUCAGAGCUUGAGACCAGGGAAUUAAUAUCAUCGCAGGCCACCGUUUAUAACGGCUUCAACCGCUGUGUUAAAUGCGGCGAUUUUCCCGGGGAUUUCUGGUUAGUAACGAACGUUGCGCAGUCUCAACACACCACCCACACACGUUCCGCAAAUCAGCAUCAACCAGCGCCAUGGUGCAACUCAAACCAUUCGCAGUCGAGCAAUGGAUGGACAAAUAUGAGCAUACGCCAGGGGUCCUCAACAUCGCAGAAACUUGUGCAGCAUCCGUCUCGGUUCAGGACCUCGUCGAGCUGUCUUCGGAAAAGGAGACUGGAUUAAACCCGCUCGUGACCGCAUCCUCCAGGAAGCUGACAUACGGAGCCAUCCGUGGCUCAGAUGCACUUCGCCGUAACGUGGCGUCCCUCUACGGCGCCGCGGACGGUGAUGAUGAGCUGCCACACGAGAAUGUUUUGGUGACAGCUGGGGCCAUUUCUGCCAACUUUCUGCUCUUCUAUACUUUGAUCGGGCCAGGAGACCAUGUCAUCUGUGUCUACCCUACCUACCAGCAACUAUACUCAGUUCCAGAGUCUCUCGGCGCCGAGGUAUCGUUGUGGAAGCUGAAGGAGUCGAAUGGCUAUGUCCCUGACCUGCAGGAGUUGGGCCAUUUGGUCAAGACAAACACCAAGCUGAUCGUCAUCAACAACCCAAAUAAUCCCAGCGGCGCGCCGAUCCCAAAGUCCGUGCUUCAAGGCAUCGUGGGGGCCGCCAGGAAGUGGAACAUAUGGGUGCUUUCCGAUGAGGUUUACCGGCCCCUUUUCCACGGCCUAGGUGCAGACGAGGAGCCACCCUCAGCCCUCUCCCUGGGGUACGAGAGGACCAUCGUGAGCGGGUCCAUGUCCAAAGCCUAUGCGCUGGCUGGUAUUCGGAUUGGAUGGCUCGCCUGCAGGAACAACAGCCUCAUCGAGUCUCUGGCGUCUGGACGCGACUACACGCUUAUCAGUGUUUCGCAGCUGGAUGACAGUGUCGCCAGCUUCGCCUUGUCGCCAGCGGUCCGACCGGCUCUCAUAAGAAGAAAUCUUGACCUGGCACGGAAGAACCUCUCUCUCCUCGAGGCUUUUGUGGACAAACACAGCUCUGCCUGCUCCUGGGUGAAGCCCCUUGCAGGGACAACGGCAUUUGUCUUCUUCAGCAAGGAUGACGAGUCGAUCGACGACGAGAAGUUUUGUAUAGACGUGCUGCGAGAGACGGGCGUCAUGUUCGUCCCUGGGUCGACGUGUUUUGGGAAUGGCAAGGACUUUCGAGGCUUUGUACGGAUCGGGUACACGUGCGAGACAGAAGUCCUGGAGAAAGCACUGUUGAGGCUGGGAGACUACCUCGAGAAGAGAUUUUGAAGAGGUCAAGCGGUCUAAAUCGUGAACGUGUACUUGGUGGGAAUAGGAUCUGAUUUUCGUAGGUAGGUAUCUACCUAGUGAUAUCCAUCGGGAUAUUAUACUGCGCGCGUCCUCAACAAUGCCUAAAGAGAAACAUCCAAACACCAGAGGCCAAUAGGAGGGCCCCAUUAAUGCAAGUCCUGCCCAG